GGCUGCACUUCCAAACGAGCGUCCCUUCCUCGACACCCCCCUCCGCUGUGCACAACACUGCUGAUAUUUACUCCCCCUAUCAUACGGCUUCACGGCCCGAUAGAGUCACGUCGUCGCAAACCCCCAUAGCUCCCUCUCCAAAACAACUCCGCCACAUUAUAUCCCAAGAUGGUCUCAUGGCCAGGACGUGCAAUAUAUGCACUCGGUUUCUUGCUGUUGAUUCAUUCCGGAUACUCUGCCUAUGAACAUUUGGCAUAUGUGAAGAUCAUCGGGAAGCAUGAGGAGUCAUUACCUAUAGAUAUCAUCCUAGAAUGCAUCAUCAGCGUGAUACUAUGUUCGGUGGGCCUAUCGCUGGUAGCUGGAGAGUUCAAGCCAAUAUCGCUGGAGAAGCAGUUGACCCAGAUGUCUGUGGAUGCGAUUGACUCGAGACCGUCGUUCCGGACGCUGAAUCAUCGUGGGACGACGGUGUUUCGGGCGUCUACGUGAGAGAUUGGAACGUGACGUACCAUAGCAGGUUGAUGUACAUACUAGGUGCCGAAUGCGAUUUUGUGGCACGAGUUAUGGAAGGUUGCAAUCCUGUAGACUUCGUCGAUUUUGAAUGUCAGGCGGAUAGACGGAGUACCGAGGGGAAUAUCUGGACGCCGGCAACGGGUGUCAAUUCCCACCUCCUCGCUUUUGCAUUUCAAUGACCUCCCGUGGAAACACUCGGAUCCAUCCCAGGAAUCUUAACCUAGAUCGGUUCUCUAUACAAUGCCUCGCUCGUUUAUAGCCGUAACUCUACAUGAAAAUGCUCGAUAUGUACAUGCGUGAAAUGCCGCA